UCGCUUAUUCUUGUCGCGUGGUACUUUGUCGCGUUAUUCGGCCGCAUGACAAACCCAGAUUACAAUGAGCUUGUGAGAAAAGAAUAUCCAACUAUAUACAAUCGAUUCCUGUCCAAAGAUUCUUAUUUAUCUCCAAGCAGCGUCUAUCAUGUCUUGGAACAAAACAACUUUGAUAUUAAAAAUGCAACUUCGGAACUGAAGAAAACUGAACUGAAUGCGAGAAGAAAAGGCAAAUAUAAGGAGCAAACGCGAAGAUCCACUCGGUCAACUCCCGUCAACCAAGAUGAGGAGAUGGAACAAGGUACAGUGGACCGUAGUAAGUGAAUCCCAAAAAGCAGAGAUUAGCGGAAUAGCUAAAUAAUAGCAGUAGCAAAAAUAGUCUUGCAAGAUCAAAGCAAUCAAGUGGGUUCCGACCGUGAUGUGGUGAUGGAUACAAACGAAGAGAAGCAACGUCCGAAACGGGGAAAAAGAAAUUCGACGGCUGCCAGUCCAUCGACCGCAGCAAAGAAACUAAAAGCAGAAGCGCAAUAUUUUGAGUCACCUCCGGAUACAGUCGUCGAAAGUGAAAAUCUCGAAGUGAUGGGCGAACAGACCGAAGAGGAAUCAGCCGACGAUCAUACGCUGCCAAUGCGCACUCUUGAUAACUUUGUUCUUUACGACGUUAACGAUGGUCAGCGUUUGAGAACCCUGGACGAUAUUGGACGUCAUAAUAUGGACAUCCGUGCCUUUGGAGACGUCGCCGCCAUUUAUGAAGAAGCCGAUGAUGAAGAGAUAGACGACGAAGACGAUGAUGGCGAACCUCUUGGUAGCAGUCCAGUCACCACCCCAGUUCAUUUGACGUGUAUUUUCUUUUGGCAAGUGUAUAUGAAUGCUGACGGUUGCGGCGAAAUCUGGUUGCAAACACAGUAUGGCUGGUAUAAAUUGUUGUGUCCGGCUCCUGAAUAUGCAUCCUACUAUGAUCCAAUUUUCACUCGAGUCUCGAUCGCCAACAUUGCCGAAACGGUGCUCCAUGCGAACAAGAAAGCUACAUAUAGUGGUUUCAUUAAAAAGCUUAGAGAAAGCGAUGGCAGCUCCUCGUCGUCCAACGAACGAAGAUACUAUAUACCUUUGACGGAGGAAGGAGUGCACCAACAUUUGCGUUUCAUCGUGGAAGAGUUGACUAUCUGGGCAGACGAAAACGAUGAACCAGCGAUUCACUUUAGUCCGCUCAUGAAAAAGCUGGUGGAGCUCCAAAAGCAACGGCAAAAAUCCAAACGAAAGAGAGCAGUCUCGGAUGAGCUUGCCGAGGAUACUGACAAUCGUCGCACUGUACGUAAUAUCAACCUCUCGGUGCUGCAAAAUCCCAACCCUACCUGUGUGACUACACAUAUUGCGACGAUCGCAAAAGAUAUGUUUGCACGACGUCUCGUUUCUAUUAGCGAAGCGGCCACCGAAGCGGUAACUGAAGCGGUGACGUCCUCGUCUCGAGAUAUAGACGAACAUGAGCAAGAAAAGUUAUUCUACAAGUCGUACACAUCAGAGGUGAAGUGGUCCGGUAAAAUCGUGGUCAAGGAAGACGAUCGUGCCUAUUAUGAAGAGGCGGUCAUUGACGGCGAGAAAAUCAAAGUCGGCGAUCAUGUGUACAUGCGAAACGAUUCGGACGAACCGUGGUUUGCACAAAUUAUGUACAUGUACGAAGACAAGAAAACCCGGGAACUCAUGUUCCACGCCCGUUAUUUUUCCCAUGGUAAAGAAACGGUGCUUCAGGAAUUUGCCGGGAAAAAAGAGUUGUUCCUUUUGGACGAUUGCAGUAAUAACAACCUCAAUUGUAUCAUGGGAAAAUGCAACCUUGUUCAUCUGAAUACGGAUGAGAAAGAACCCAUGGACGUCGCAAAGAAGAACUGGUGGUUUUACAGAUAUUGGUACGAUACAAACCGCGCUGUAUUCGAAGAUGCGAGACGCCACGAGGAAACCCAGAAUGCCAACCAUCACCGAAUCCCAUGUCUUUCGUGUGAACGACGAUGCCGAAAAUCCGAAUCCGAAACCGUUCAACUGAUCGACGAGAAAAAUAUUGACCGUGGUUUUGCAUAUAUGAAGCAAGAAUAUCAUUUGCAUGAUUUCGUUUAUAUGACCACGGGCAAGCCUAACGAACCGUACCAAAUUGGUCAGAUCGUCGGUCUACAAAAACAGUCGGCAAAGCAGUCUCCCGCAUCUAGUCCUGUGCCUCGAAAUAGACGUGGCCGCAAAAAUAACAACGUUGUGAAAGAAUCAAUUUCACCGAUUCAGGCAAAAGUUCGACUUUUCCAACGACAGGCCCUUAUCUCAACUCUGAAUCAUUAUGACGUAUCGAGUAAUCCUGAUGUACCGACCAAGGAUGCUCAUGAGCUAUUGGCUACGAACGAAUUGCAGACGGUGGAUGUACUAUGCUUCGAAGGUACAUGCUGGGUGCAACAUAUCGAUCGUAUAGACGAUUUGCAAGCUUACAAGGAUGGCGCGGAUUCGUUCUACAUACGCUCAAAAAUGACUGACGAUGGAGUCACGACGCUUGACGCCAAUAGCGUCACCUGUUGUGAGGUAUGCAAGGCUGGCCGCAAGGCAAGACUAGAGAAGGAAGCAUCUUUCGACAAUACGAAGCGUCGCCUCAUUAGUCUCGAUAUCUUUUCCGGCUGUGGCGGUUUAACUUGUGGUAUGGACAUGACGGGCGUAGUGGAAACCAAGUAUGCGAUUGAAUUUUCGCCGAGCGCUUCGUUGAGUUUCGAGAAGAACUUCCCCGGUGCCGUUGCAUAUAACCAAUGUGCCAAUAUUCUAUUACAACGAGCCAUUGCCCUCCACGCACAAAAUGAAACGUUGGAACCCAUGUUGGAUCACUUGGGACGUCCUUUGAAAGAUAUGCCUGCUCCGGGCGAGAUUGAUUUCAUCUAUUGCGGACCGCCAUGCCAAGGUUUCAGUGGUAUCAACCGAUUUAAGAAGGCCGAUGAUAUCAAAAAUACCCUGGUAUGCACAGCCCUUAGUUAUGUUGAUUUUUAUAAGCCGACCUAUUUCCUCUUGGAAAAUGUGCGCGGCUUGAUCAACUUCAAACUUGGCGGUGAACAAAUUGGCGAAAACAAAAUUCAAGGAGGUAUCCAAAUGGGUGUAGUAAAAUACAUCUUGCGAACCUUGACAAGUAUGGGUUAUCAAACACGAUUCAGUAUUCAGCAAGCAGGUCAUUAUGGUGUGGCUCAAAGUCGUCGUCGAUUGUUUAUCUGGGGUGCGAAGAUUGGCCAUACUUUGCCUGAUUUCCCUAAACCCAUUACCUGCUUCCCGAAAAACUCGACUCUGGCAGUCAGCUUGCCUGACGGUACCAGUUUCAACUACAUCCGUAGAACCAAUGGUCAGGCACCGCUGCCCACAGUUACUGUGGGCGAUUGCAUUUCUGAACUACCAGCGUUCGAAUACGAGAAUACAAAUUCCGUUUACCCCAAGGAUGACUCAGAACCACCGUCCACCGUGAAACAGCUGAAAGCUUGCAAUCAAGGCAUCGUGGGCCCUAUUGUUCAGAUGUACAAUCGACCUCCCUUGACCGAUUUCCAAAACUGGGUUCGAAAGAAUUCUGAUCAACUACACAAUCAUUUUACAAGAGCCUUCAAUGCUAUCAAUGUCGAACGUAUCUACAACAUUAGAAUGGAAGCCGGGGCUGAUCAUUCUUCAUUACCUGAAAAGCUCAAGCCAUGGUGUCUUUCACAUAACGAUUCAGCAGCAGCACGUCAUAAUGGUUGGAAGGGCUUGUAUGGUAGACUGGAUUUCAAUGGACAAUUCCAAACGACGUUGACGGAAAUGUCGCCAAUGGGCAAACAGGGGACUGUUAUCCAUCCAAAUCAACGUCGUGUUCUUACGGUUCGCGAAUGUGCUCGUGCUCAAGGAUUCCCCGAUGUAUUCAUUUUUUGUAGUACAUCCGCUGACGGUACCAAUGGCGCUGUAAGAGAUAUGUAUCGACAAGUGGGUAAUGCGGUCCCGGUGUUACUGGCUUUGGCCCUUGGCAAGAAGUUAAAGGAGGCAAUGAUUCAAGACUGGUGUGAAAGUGGAAAUGGCCAACAACAGAUAGAAUAACGAUAAGUAGUGCUCAAGAUCAAUUUAUUCCAUCUCUCUCUAUGUACGACGGCGCAAUCAUUUCAUUCAGUGCAUUUAUUCAUCACCCAAAAAAUUAUCGUUCAUCAUUAUUAAGAAUCAAGGCUUCUCCAUCUUUUCUCAUCUCUGUGCUGCAUUGUUGAAUCAGCUCUCAAGUCAGGCUGCUCCUUCAUCAGUCGAGUGAGCUUUCACCAUCAGUGUAUCAUAGUGAGUAUAAAGGCACCUAACAAGUAACCAAAUGCGUUUCGGCAAGCUACUUGUUACUGGACGCCGACGUCUUGCAUUCAUCGGCAUUCG